UCAGUUCAACAUCUGACAAGGCAUCGAUGGCUACUUUUCGCAUUGCUGCACGACUUUCAACAAUUCCGGCAGCGUCUCCUGUAGCCUUUGCAUCUCAAGGACUUCGAGCUCUAGGACGGGCAGGAUUCGCGACGAAGCCGACACCAAAGACUUCUUCAAUGGCAGCGAAGUCCAUGACCAAAGACCAUAUCCUGACAUUGUCCUGUCCGGAUAAACCAGGCAUCAUCCACACGGUCACAGGCGUGCUGUCCAAGCACAAUUUGAACAUUCUCGACCUGCAGCAGUACUCUGAUGUCGACCGCCAGAAGUUCUUCAUGAGGAUCCAUUUCGGCCAUGCCGACUCCACGCAGCAUCUGGCUGCGCCGUUUGGCGACCUGGCUGCCGACUUGCAGAUGGAGUACGACAUCGUUCCUUGCGCUCACAAACCCCGAGUCCUCAUCAUGGUGUCCAAAAUUGGCCACGCGCUGAAUGACCUGCUUUUCCGACAGAGCACGGGGCAAUUGAACAUUGAGAUCCCAGCCAUUGUAUCUAACCAUCGUGAAUUCGAGAGUCUCGCAACGACGUACAAUAUCCCCUUCCACUACCUGCCCGUGACGAAGGACACCAAAGCCGCACAGGAAGGCAAGAUCUUGGACCUGGUGAGAGAGCACCAAGUCGACCUGAUUGUCCUGGCACGCUACAUGCAAGUACUAUCACCUACGCUCUGCGAAGCCAUGUCGGGCAAAAUCAUCAACAUCCAUCACUCAUUCUUGCCCUCAUUCAAAGGAGCCAAGCCCUAUCACCAGGCGUACGAACGGGGAGUCAAGAUUAUUGGCGCCACGGCACAUUUUGUCACUGCAGACUUGGACGAGGGGCCCAUUAUUGAGCAGAGGAUUGCGCGAGUCGACCACAGUAUGGAUCCCAAGGAACUGGUGGAAGAGGGCAGCAACGUGGAAAGCCAGACGCUCGCGGCAGCAGUCAAAUGGUGGAGCGAGAAGAGGCUCUUCUUGAACGGCACCAAGACGGUGGUGUUCAGCUAGGCUCACCAGAAGACGGCAACAGGGAACGAGAGGGCCGUGUUCGAGCUCUUCGCCAUAUGAGCAAUGUAGCAAGAAAUGGCUAUUGAGAGACAGAUCCAGACGAAGGUUUGAUGAUGAUCUAAUAAUAUGAUACAGAUGAGAGCAGAGCACGUCAUACCGGUAAACAGACAGUGGUGCUUCCUGGGUUGGCCCUGCGUAACAUAUCCCUGCCCCUGUCUGAUCGGAAACAGUCUCUCUCCCGCCUCUUUCGCUCUCUCUCUCGAACAUCCAUUCCUGCCAAGCCUGACAUGACCGACCUUGUUGCUUGACUAAGCCCUAAGCCCUCAUACGUCGUGCGUAACAUCAUCGGCAGAUACACGCAACCUCCUCCCUCUCCUCUCUCGACUCCACCGGCUCUACUUCACCUUCGCCAUGGGCAUGCGCGACCUGUACCACCACACAUAUCAUGAGCGAGACUGCAGUCAUUGUACCCGGAGCGGAGUGCUCCGACGACGAGAUCUUGGGAGUAGCUGAGCAGCAUACACCCAAUCUCGAGGCCACGAUCGCUUUCGCAGAAGCAGCAGCAGCAGUCGCACCUGCGCUGGACCGAAGAAUAUUGAAGAGAUAUGAUAUUCACCAGCCCUCGCCGGACGCGGCUGUCAAAGAGGUGCACCUCAAUGGUCUACAACCCUACCAGAUCACUCGCCGAUUACCUCGACCCGACCGACCGAUGAACACAAUAUCGGCCCUGCCCUCUGGCGAGGUCAUGGCGGGCACGAAAGCAGGGCGUCGAGAAAGCCACAUCUUCGUGGGGAACCCAUCACAAGGCACGACAGUCUGGCUCCCUGUCGUCGCAAGCGAUGGAGCAUGGAACUUCAAUGCCAUCGAUAGGGCACUGCGUUGGCGAAGAAUGAGCGCAACAACAACAACUACUACAAAGGACACUCACGAGCAACAUAUACCUACCGACCUCGAGCUCAUCGACGCGACCACUUCUGAGCCUCUCGUUGAAUACCACGCGACAGAAACCGGCGCAGCGCUCUACAUCUGCUCCGAGCUCGAAGAAUCCUGCGAACUGCUGGUAUUAGCAUCCAUCCUCGCAAUCACAGAACCUCAGCGGCGCGCACAGAAGGAUAUCAUCCGACCGGAGAGUCUCGUGGAUCCUUUCCUCUCGCACUCCUCCCUCCCGUCUUCGCCCGAAACCUCUCCCAACCCUUCGCCCAAAAGACCUUGCCCAUUCGAACACGAUGUGAUUCUCUCUCGCGAUUCGGUCUUGACGGAUAAGUUGGCGGAAUUCGCGAGAAAAUUGAGUGAGACGAGUGAAGAGGAGUGGACGGCACGGGCGGUACAUCAUCAUGAUUGAUCCUUGCUUCAUCAUCAUCAGCCCCAGGAUGAUGAUGAUGACGGGAAAGGAAAUCCGGUGCAAUGACUACUCCAAAGUCCGCAAUCUAGGCCCUGUGUUUGAAAGGAAGGCAGGGAAUGGAGGAAGGCAGGGCCAUUUGCGCCUUGAAAUGAAUGAAGAAAUCAAAAACAUACGGAAAUAUCUACCUCUACUAUCCUCGAAGACUCGAAGAGGCCUAAUUUUGAUUGUAUAUAAUUUGAAAAAUGAAAAAACAAAUCUAC